AUGUCGGAAAAACCAAAGGUGUAUCAAGGUGUCCGGGUGAAGAUCACAGUGAAGGAGUUGCUGCAGCAGAGAAGGGCUCACCAAGCAGCCUCAGGGGGAACUCUGUCCAGAGGAGACAGUGUCCACCUUUCAGAUCCAGUCACAGCAUCUUCUGCAGGACUGUAUUUUGAACCUGAGUCAAUUUCUUCCACACCUAAUUAUUUUCAACCCCGAGAAUUUUCCAGUUGUGUUUCUUGUGAAGAAAACCCAAGCUGCCUUGAUGAGAUCUUGGAUUCCUACCUUCAGACAGAGACGAACGUGGACCCUUUGCUCAAUUCCAUGCAAAGUACUCCACACUAUUUUCCCGACAACUUCCAGGAUACCCCUUUCUGCUUUAACCAGAGCCUGAUCCCAGGAUCGCCUUCAGAUUCCUGCACUCUCUCCAGUUCCUUAGACUGCAGUUACUCGCCAGCUCAGCUACCUUUGUAUGCUCCAGAGAAUUAUAAUUCUCCCCCUUCCCUGGACACCAGAAACUGUGGCUAUUCCUCAGAAGACUACUCUUACCCUCACUUGCCCUCGCACGCCCAGUACGACUGCUUCUCCUCGGCCACCACCUCCAGCUGCUACUGUGCAUCCUGUGAAGCAGAACACUUGGACACCAUCAGAGCAUCCGAGUAUUUUGCCUAUCCUGGCACAGACUGUGUGAACUUUGCUCCCUCGGCAGCAGCAACCAGUGAUUUCUAUAUGAGGGAAACAAACUGUGACAUCUGCUAUAGUUCAUAG